CACACUGCUACCCGCUGAGGAACGGAGGAGAUUAAGAAUAAAAUAACUAGCUUCAUGUGAACAUGAAAACAGAUGACAUAGGGUGGUAUCGAAAUAGGUCGACGGACUUCCUAAAGCUUCUUAAAAGAGGAUGUAUUAAAUGUGGUCCAGUGGACUUUUUCCAAGCUAAGAAAAUGAGGAUUAAAACUGGAGUUAUAUUUUGGAAUCUCGUAUUUUUUAUGACGGUCACGUGUGUACGAGGUUUCAUUUAUACAUGCGGUGGAACAUUGAAAGGGCGGAACGGCACCAUUGAAAGCCCUGGUUUUCCAUAUGGAUACCCGAAUGGGGCCAACUGUACCUGGGUUAUUGUAGCAGAGGAAGGGAACCGAAUUCAAAUAGUCUUUCAGUCUUUCGCUGUGGAGGAGGAAUACGACUUUUUAUCUCUUUAUGACGGACAUCCCCACCCGGCCAACUUCAGGACGAGGUUAACAGGAUUCUCAAUCCCUCCACCAGUCACAAGCACAGGGUCUGUCUUCUCCCUUCGUCUCACCAGUGACUUUGCAGUGAGCGCUCAUGGCUUUAAAUUGUAUUAUGAAGAACUGCAGAGCAGUGCCUGUGGAAACCCCGGGGUGCCGCCCAAAGGCAUUCUGGUUGGGACGCGUUUUAACGUGGGCGACAAGAUCCGCUACAGCUGCGUGACCGGGUACGUCCUGGACGGGCACCCUCAGCUCACCUGUGUCACCAACGCAGAGAAGGGCGCCGCGUGGGACUUCCCCGUGCCCAUCUGCAGAGCUGAGGACACAUGUGGUGACACACUGAGGGGUGCAAGUGGCAUCAUUUCAAGUCCCAAUUUCCCGAGUGAAUAUUACAAUAGUGCGGACUGUACUUGGACCAUACUUGCUGAUCCCGGAGACACCAUCUCCGUCAUUUUUACAGACUUCCAGAUGGAGGAAAAAUAUGACUACUUGGAAGUAGAAGGGUCUGAGCCUCCAACAAUAUGGUUAUCUGGGAUGAAUGUCCCUUCCCCUAUUGUCAGCAACAAGAACUGGCUGAGGCUUCACUUUGUAACCGACAGUAACCAUCGAUAUCGGGGCUUUAGCGCCCAUUAUCAAGUGAAAAGGUCUGUAGACUUUAAAUCUAGAGGAGUAAAAUUAUUCCCAGGCAAAGACAACACCAACAACAAGUUUUCUAUCUUGAAUGAGGGGGGUAUCAAGCAGGCCUCCAACUCCUGCCCCGACCCAGGAGAGCCGGAGAAUGGCAAGAGGACGGGCUCUGACUUUAGCAUCGGGGCCACGGUCCAGUUCCUCUGCGACGAGGACCACGUGCUCCAGGGUUCCAAGACCAUCACCUGUCAAAGGGUGGCAGAGGUGUUUGCCGCCUGGAGUGACCAUCGGCCGGUCUGCAAAGUGAAAACGUGUGGUUCCAACCUUCAGGGACCCGCUGGGUCGUUUACAUCGCCUAACUUCCCCAUCCAGUACGAGGCCAACGCUCAAUGUGUGUGGAUACUCACUGCCACCAAUCCCAACAAGGUAAUUCAGAUUAACUUUGAAGAGUUUGACCUGGAGAUUGCCUACGACACUUUGACAAUCGGUGAUGGAGGAGAAGUGGGUGACCCCAAGACGAUACUGCAAGUUCUUUCUGGUAGCUUCGUCCCUGACCUCAUCGUCAGCAUGACCCAUCAGAUGUGGCUUCACCUCCAGUCAGACGAGAGUGUGGGCUCCAUUGGAUUCAAGAUCAACUAUAAAGAGAUUGACAAGGAAAGCUGCGGGGACCCUGGGACCCCCCUAUAUGGCAUCCGGGAGGGAGACAGUUUCUUGAAUGGGGGCACCCUGCGGUUUGAAUGCCAGUUUGGGUUUGAGCUCAUUGGGGAGAGGACCAUAUCCUGUCAGAAUAAUAACCAGUGGUCGGCCAACAUCCCCAUGUGCAUCUUCCCGUGCAUGUCCAACUUCACGGCGCCGAUGGGCACCGUCCUGUCACCGGACUACCCAGAAGGCUACAGCAACAACAUGAACUGCGUGUGGCUGAUCCUAUCGGAGCCCGGCAGCCGAAUCCAUCUGGCCUUCAACGACUUUGACCUGGAGGCUCCGUACGACUUCCUCACCGUGAAGGACGGCGAGCUGCUGGACGCCACCGUUCUGGGGCGCUUUUCCGGGGCUGAGUCGCCCUCCCACCUCACCAGUAACACCAAUAUACUGAGGCUUGAGUUCCAAGCAGACCACUCCAUGGCCGGACGAGGGUUCAACAUCACCUACAGCACGUUUGGCCACAAUGAGUGUCCUGACCCGGGCAUCCCAAUAAACGCUAGGCGCUUCGGGGACAACUUCCAGCUGGGCAGCUCCAUCUCCGUGAUCUGUGAAGAUGGCUUUAUCAAGACCCAAGGUGCCGAGACUAUCACUUGCAAGCUGGAUAACGGCAAGGUGAUGUGGAGCGGACCAAUCCCCAAAUGUGAAGCCCCCUGUGGGGGCCACUUCUCCGCCCCAACUGGGGUGAUCUUGUCCCCAGGCUGGCCCGGCUACUACAAGGACUCCCUUAGCUGUGAGUGGGUCAUCGAGACCGAGCCCGGACGCUCCAUCAAGAUCACCUUUGACAAGUUUCAGACAGAAUUGGGCUAUGACUUCCUGGAGAUCCACGACGGGCCCAACCUGCUAUCUCCUCUGGUUGGUUCGUUCAACGGUACCCAGGUGCCCCAGUUUCUGUUCAGCAGCACUCACCACCUGUACAUGCUAUUCACCACCGACAACAGCCGUUCCAACAGUGGAUUCAAAAUCCUCUACGAGAGCGUUACGGUGGACACCUACUCCUGUCAGGACCCGGGCUUCCCGGUCAACGGUUUGCGUUAUGGUCAGGACUUCACAAUCGGUUCGACCGUGUCUUUCGGCUGUGACCCGGGAUACAGGCUGAGCCACGAGGAACCACUGGUCUGUGAGAAGAACCACUGGUGGAGCCACCCUCUGCCUACAUGUGAUGCGCUGUGCGGCGGGGAUGUGCGAGGUCCCGGUGGCACUAUACUGUCCCCCGGCUACCCUGAGAUGUAUCCCAGCUCACUCAACUGCACCUGGACUGUGGAGGUCAGCCACGGAAAAGGAGUCCAAUUCACCUUCAACACCUUCCACCUGGAGGAUCACCAUGACUACCUGCUCAUCACUGAGAACGGCAGCUUCAUUCAGCCCCUGGCGCGACUCACUGGAAACGAUCUUCCCAUGCCCAUUAACGCAGGGCUCUACGGAAACUUCAAGGCCCAGCUGCGCUUCAUAUCAGACUUUUCUAUAUCCUACGAAGGAUUCAACAUUACUUUUUCAGAGUACAACUUGGAGCCGUGUGAAGACCCGGGAAUGCCACGGUUUGGCCGGAGGAACGGCUACAGCUUCGGCAUCGGUGACACGCUGACGUUUUCCUGCAACAUGGGCUACCGCCUGGAAGGAGCGCCGGAGGUCAUCUGCUUGGGAGGAGGGAGGCGCAUGUGGAGCGCACCUCUGCCAAGGUGUGUGGCGGAGUGUGGCUCGUCAGUCAUAAACAACGAAGGCAUCAUGUUGUCUCCGAACUACCCAAUGAACUACGAGAACAACCACGAAUGCAUCUACAGCAUCCAGGUGCAGGCUGGGAAAGGAAUCAACAUCUCUGCCAGGACUUUCCACCUGGCCCAGGGGGACAUUCUCAAGAUCUAUGACGGCAAAGACAACGCAGCUCAUGUCCUGGGGGCAUUCACAGGCUCGUCCAUGCUGGGGCUAACCCUCAUUAGCACCUCAAACCACCUGUGGCUGGAGUUCUACUCCGAUUCGGAGUCCACUGGGGAAGGCUUCAAGCUGGUGUACUCGAGCUUUGAGCUGUCCCACUGCGAGGACCCGGGGGUGCCCCAGUUUGGCUUCAAGGUCAACGACCAGGGACAUUUCUCUGGCAGCACCAUCACCUACCGGUGCAACCCGGGCUACACUCUGCACGGCAGCGGGGUGCUGAAGUGUAUGACCGGAGAGAGACGUGCCUGGGACAACGCCCUGCCCUCCUGCAUAGCUGAAUGCGGAGGGAAGUUCACAGGCGAGGCCUCUGGACGCAUCCUGUCCCCCGGGUACCCGUUCCCCUACGACAACAACCUGCGCUGCACCUGGGUCAUCGAAGUGGACUCUGGUAACAUCGUUAGUCUGCAGUUCCUUGCUUUCGACACGGAGGCGUCCCACGACAUCCUGAAGGUGUGGGACGGCCCCCCUGAGAACGAAAUGUCCUUGAGGGAAUUGUCCGGCUCUCUGCUCCCUGAGGGGAUCCACAGCACCCUCAACCAGGUCACUAUCCAGUUUGAGACCGACUUCUACAUAAGCAAGUCUGGCUUUGCCAUCGAAUUCUCAAGUUCCGUGGCCACAGCCUGCAGAGACCCCGGCGUGCCCAUGAAUGGCAGUCGUAACGGGGACGGGCGGGAGCCAGGUGACACUGUUACCUUCCUCUGUGACCCUGGCUACGAGCUCCAGGGAGAGCUGAAGAUCACUUGCAUCCAAGUGGAGAACCGUUACUACUGGCAGCCCAGCCCCCCUGUCUGCAUAGCCCCCUGUGGAGGAAACCUGACUGGUUCCAACGGCUUCAUCCUGUCACCCAACUUCCCCCACCCCUACCCCCAUAGCAAGGACUGUGAUUGGCUAAUUGCUGUGAAUUCUGAUUACGUCCUAUCUCUGGCCUUCAUCAGUUUUAGCAUUGAGCCUAACUAUGACUUCCUAUACAUCUACGAUGGACCUGACAGCAAUAGCCCCCUGAUCGGCAGCUUCCAAGACAGCAAGCUUCCGGAAAGGAUCGAGAGCAGCUCCAACGCCAUGCACCUGGCCUUCCGUAGCGAUGGCUCCGUCAGCUACGCCGGAUUCCACCUGGAGUACAAAGCCAAGCUGCGUGAGUCCUGCUUUGACCCAGGAAGUGUAAUGAACGGGACUCGCCUGGGCAGUGACUACAAGCUGGGUUCCACAGUGACGUUCUACUGCGAGCCAGGCUACGUGCUCCAGGGCUACUCCACCCUCACCUGCAUCAUGGGGGAUGAUGGCAGGCCAGGCUGGAACCGGGUUCUGCCCAGCUGUCAAGCACCGUGCGGUAGUCGUUCCACCGGACCAGAGGGCACCGUGUUGUCUCCAAAUUUCCCCCGCAAUUACACUUCAGGACACAGCUGUGUGUACGCCAUCUCAGUGCCACGGGAGUUUGUUCUGUUUGGACAGUUUGUUCUGUUCCAGACGUCACUGAACGAUGUGGUAGACAUUUAUGACGGGCCGACACAGCAGUCUCCACUCCUGUCUUCCCUCUCUGGCUCCCACUCAGGAGAGUCUUUGCCCUUGAGCACCGGCAACCAAAUCACCAUAAAGUUCACAACCGUUGGCCCAGAGACGGCGAAGGGCUUUCACUUUGUCUACCAAGCUGUCCCCAGAACCAGCGCCACCCAGUGCAGUUCGGUGCCCGAGCCCCGCUUCGGCAAACGGAUCGGGAACGACUUUGCGAUGGGCGCCACGGUCCUGUUCGAGUGUAACCCCGGAUACGUGCUGCACGGGUCCACGGCGAUCCGGUGCGAGACCGUCCCCGACACCCUGGCCCAGUGGAACGACUCGCUGCCCACCUGCGUUGUGCCAUGUGGAGGGGCGCUGACAGCGCGUAGAGGGACCAUCCUGUCACCGGGUUACCCAGAACCAUACGACAACAAUCAGAACUGCAUUUGGAAGAUAUCGGUUCCUGAAGGCGCUGGAAUCCAAAUCCAGGUGGUGAGCUUUGCCUCCGAACACAACUGGGACUCUCUGGAUUUCUAUGACGGCGCUGACAACCAUGCUCCUCGAUUGGGCAGCUACUCAGGCACCACCAUACCUCAGCUGCUGAACAGUACAUCCAACAACCUGUACCUGAGCUUCAGUUCGGACAUCAGUGUCUCGGCGGCGGGCUUCCAUCUGGAGUACACAGCCAUCGGUUUGGAGUCCUGUCCAGAACCACAGACACCCAACUAUGGCAUCAAAGUGGGAGACCGUUACAUGGUUGGAGACGUCGUGUUGUUUGAGUGCGAACAAGGCUACUCUCUGCAGGGCAACGCCCACAUUACCUGUAUGCCUGGUCCAGUCCGGAGAUGGAACUAUCCGGUCCCACUCUGUCUUGCUCAGUGUGGUGGCUCCAUGACCGACGUUAGCGGUGUCAUCCUGAGCCCGGGCUUUCCCGGGAACUACCCCAGUGGACUGGACUGCACAUGGACUGUGAAACUACCCAUCGGCUUUGGAAUCCACCUGCAGUUCCUGAACUUCUCAACAGAGGCCAUCCAUGACUACCUUGAGAUCCGAAGUGGCACACUGGAGACGGGCACUGUGAUUGACAGGUUCAGCGGACCGCAAGUGCCCAAGUCCCUGUUCAGUACCACCCACGAGACCAGCUUCUUCUUUCACAGUGACUACUCCCAGAACAAGCCCGGUUUCCAGAUCACUUACCAGGCCUAUCAGCUGCAGAGCUGUCCCGACCCUCGACCUUUUCGCAAUGGCAUCGUGAUUGGCGGUGACUUCAGCGUGGGCCUGACCGUCUCCUUCGAGUGCCUGCCUGGCUACUCCCUCAUCGGAGAGGCCUCUCUCACCUGCCUGCAUGGAAUCAGCCGCAACUGGAAUCACCCCGUACCACGCUGUGAAGCUCUUUGUGGAGGUAACCUGACCUCCAUGAACGGCACUGUCUACUCUCCUGGCCACCCCGAGGAGUACCCCAACUUCCAGGACUGUGUGUGGAGUGUGAGGGUUCCCCCCGGAAAUGGGAUCUACAUCAACUUCACAGUGCUCAGCACUGAACCUAUUUAUGACUACAUCACUGUUUGGGAUGGUCCGGACCAGAGCUCCCCUCAGAUCGGCCAGUUCAGCGGUAACACAGCCCUGGAGUCUGUCUACAGCACCUCCAACCAGAUCCUCAUCAAGUUCCACAGCGACUUCAGCGGCAGUGGGUUCUUCGUGCUCAGUUACCAUGCAUACCAGCUGAGGAUCUGCCAAGCGCCGCCAGAGGUGGUGAACGCUGAUGUCCUCAUGGAGGACAGGGAGUUUGAAAUUGGGGACAUCAUCCGGUACCGCUGCCACCCGGGCUUCACUCUGGUGGGCAGUGAGAUCCUGACGUGCAGACUGGGGGAAAGGCUUCAGAUGGACGGGCCUCCCCCUAUAUGUCAAGUGCAAUGCCCGGCCCACGAUGUGAGGUUCGACUCUACUGGGGUAAUCCUCAGUCCAGGUUACCCUGAUAGCUACCCCAACCUUCAGAUGUGUAUAUGGACCAUCAACGUGGAGAAGGGCUACAACGUCACCCUGUACUUUGAGUCCUUCCAGACGGAGAGGGAGUUUGACAUCCUGGAAGUCUUUGAUGGUCCCAGUCCCACCAGCCAGACUCUGGCCACCUUCAGCGGUGACCUGCCGGCACCGUUCAACAUCACCACGACCGGCCACCAGCUCACUCUGCGCUGGUCCUCCGACCAUGGAACCAACAAGAAGGGCUUUCGUAUCCGCUAUGUUGGUGAGUAUCAAACUUUGUACUGCAGCACUCCAGACUCUCCCCUCCACGGAUCCAUCAGUACCCAGACAGGUGGGCAUCUCAACAGCCUGGUCCGAUGGGCCUGCGAUCGGGGCUACCGCCUCAUAGGGAACAGCACGGCCGUGUGCAGGAGGAACAGCUACGGGUACUUUGCCUGGGACUCCCCAGUACCCGCUUGCCAAGCGGUGUCCUGCGGGGUGCCGAAGGCUCCGGUGAACGGAGGAGUGCUGACGGUGGACUACUCGGUGGGGACGCGCGUGACCUACUUCUGCAACGACGGCCACCGCCUGUCCUCCAAGGAGCUGACCAGCGCAGUCUGCCAGCCGGACGGCACCUGGAGCAACCACAACAAGAUCCCGCGCUGCUCCGUGGUAGUGUGUCCUAGCAUUGGUUCCUUCUCUCUGGAACAUGGGAGGUGGAGGAUCGUGAACGGCUCCCACUAUGAGUACGGCACCAAGAUCAUUUUCAGCUGUGACCCAGGCUACUACCGCCUCGGCCCCGCCCACAUCCAGUGCAUGGCCAAUGGCCUGUGGAGUUGGAGGAAUGAGAGACCCCACUGCCAGAUCAUUUCCUGUGGGGACCUGCCGGUCCCGCCCAAUGGGAAGAAGAUCGGAACGCAGAUGACCUUCGGGGCGACCGCAAUCUUCACGUGCGACGUGGGCUUCAUGUUGGUGGGCUCUACCGUGAGAGAAUGUCUCUCCUCUGGCCUGUGGAGUGGACAGGAGACGCGCUGCUUGGCGGGCCACUGCGGUGUACCUGAGACCAUAGUGAAUGGCCAGGUGAUCGGGGAGAACUUUGGCUACAGGGAUACGGUGGUGUAUCAGUGUAUCCCAGGGUUCCGUCUCAUCGGCUCCUCUGUGAGGAUCUGCCUGCAAGACCAUAACUGGUCUGGUCAGCUGCCUGCCUGCGUGUCUAUCAGCUGUGGCCACCCAGGCAGUCCCAUCUACGGGCGAACUAUCGGGAAUGGCUUCAACCUGAACGACGUUGUGAGCUUCUCCUGCAACCUGGGCUAUGUGAUGGAGGGGCCCCCGAGGGCCCAGUGUCAAGCCACCCGCCAAUGGAGCCAUCCGCCACCAACGUGUAAAGGUGGGGAAAAAAUGGUGAACUGCUCUGACCCAGGCAUCCCUGCCAACUCCAUCCGCCAGAGUAAGAUAGAGCACGGGAACUUCACAUUCGGAACCGUGGUGUUUUACGACUGCAACCCGGGGUUCUACCUCUUCGGUUCUCCCGUUCUCACUUGUCAGCCCACGGGACAAUGGGACAAGCCUCUGCCGGAGUGUAUCGUGGUGGACUGCGGACACCCGGGUUCCCCCCCCAACGGCCUGCUGAGCGGGGACAAGUUCACGUUCGGCUCAACGGUCCGCUACACCUGCACGGGAGGGCGGCAGCUGAAGGGCGAGUCGGCGCGGACCUGCCAGCUCAACGGCCACUGGAGCGCCCCCAUGCCCUUCUGUUCAGGUGACUCCCAGGGCACGUGUGGGGACCCAGGCACCCCGUCCCAGGGCAGCAGGGAGGAGAGCGACUUCCGUAUCCGCAGUAAGGUGAAGUUCAGCUGCUCCGAGGGUUACGAGCUGAUCGGCUCCGCUGAGAGGAUGUGCUUCCCCAACGGCACCUGGUCUGGAACUCAGCCCUUCUGUAAACCUGUGCAGUGUGGAAACCCGGGCACCCCCAGUAACGGCCGUGUGUACCGGCUGGAUGGAACCACAUACUCCCAUUCGGUCACUUACUCCUGCAUGGACGGCUACCUGCUCAUCGGCUCCACCACACGCCAGUGUCUGGCCAACGCCACCUGGUCUGGCACUGCCCCCAACUGCACAAUGAUAAAUUGUGGCGACCCUGGGGUUCCUGCCAACGGCAUGAGGUAUGGAGAGGACUUUUCCAUCGGUCAGAACGUCACCUUCCUGUGCGCCCCAGGCUACACCAUGGAAGCUGACAGCUCCCCGGUACGCACCUGCACCUCCAACGGAACCUGGAGUGGCAUCAUGGCAACCUGCAGAGCUGUGACCUGCUCGGUGCCUGCCACCAUCUCCAACGGGGUCCUGGAUGGUACAGACUUUGAGUGGGGCACCAGUGUGAGUUACAGCUGCUCUCCCGGGUACGAGCUGUCAUUUCCCGCUAUUCUGACCUGUGUGGGCAAUGGCACCUGGAAUGGAAUGGUGCCUCAGUGCCUCCCCAAGUUCUGUGGUGAUCCGGGUGUGCCCGUCCAUGGCUUCAGAGAAGGCCGGAGCUUUAUCUACCAGUCAGAGGUGUCCUUCAGCUGUAGCGCCCCCUACAUACCAGUGGGCUCCACUACACGUAUGUGCCAGGCUGAUGGCACCUGGAGCGGAUUCCAGCCUCGCUGUAUAGAACCCACCAGAACGACCUGUGAGAACCCGGGGACACCUCGCUAUGGUUCUCUAAAUAGAACCUAUGGCUUCAAGGUGGGCAGUAUGGUGGCAUUCCAGUGCCACCCAGGUCACCUGCUCCAGGGGUCCACCACACGCCUCUGCCAAGCUGACCUCACCUGGAGUGGAUCCCAGCCGGAAUGCAUUCCCCACUCGUGUAAGCAGCCAGAAAGCCCGGCCAACGUGGAUGUGGUGGGGAUGGACCUGCCAGGGUUUGGCUACACCCUUCUGUACUCCUGCCAGGCCGGCUUCUUCCUGUCCGGGGGCUCGGAACACCGCGUCUGCAAGUCCGAUGGUACCUGGACUGGGAAGAUGCCUAUCUGUCGAGCCGGGUCUAAACUCUCAGAGAAGCCCGUCAAACCUGUAACAGGGACGCCCAGUCCCAAGCUGAGUGUUCCUGAUGACGUGUUUGCGCCUAACUAUAUCUGGAAGGGUUCAUACAACUACAAAGGAAGAAAACAACCAAUGAAUCUGAGUAUCACAAGCUUCAAUGUCACCAGUGGGAGGGUGAAUGUCACACUGACCAACAGCAACAUGGAACUGCUGCUUUCAGGUAUCUACAAGAGCCAGGAGGCGCGGUUGAUGCUGCACUUGUACAGCGUGAAGACGGCCAGCCACACCACACUGAGUCGGGUCAAAGAGGACCGCUGGUCCAUGGAUGGGUUUGUGUCUGCCGAACCUGACGGGGCCACCUAUGUCUUUCAAGGCUUCAUACAGGGUAAAGACUACGGCCAGUUCGGAGUGCAGAGGCUAGGUCUGAACAUGUCGGAGAGUAAUAACUCGACCAAUCUGCCUCAUGGGACGAACAGCAGCUCUGUGGCCAUAGCGAUCCUUGUGCCUUUUUUCGCCCUGAUAUUUGCAGGCUUCGGGUUUUAUCUCUACAAACAGCGGACUACACCCAAAACCCAAUACACUGGCUGCUCCGUCCAUGAGAACAAUAAUGGCCAGGCGGCCUUCGAGAACCCCAUGUACAACACCAACACCAAGUCUGUUGAGGGUAAAGCUGUCCGGUUUGACCCCAACCUGAACACUGUCUGCACAAUGGUAUAAUGAAGUCCGCUUGGCGACUGCUAAAACGUCAUUUUUUAUUUUGUUUUAAUUUUGUACCGAGGGGAAAAAGAAAAGAAAAAUGCUUUCGCGAAACGAGCAGAUUUCGUCGCGAUCUAGACAUGGCAAUGUUGGCCAUGUUGGAGACAGAGGAACAGGGAGAGGCUCCUCUGGUACUUAAAGCACACUCUUCAGGAACCUUGACUGGCCAUGUUGUGUUGGGAAACGCACCUGCUGGGACACCAGACCAACAUCAAGUUUUGGAAGACUGAACUGACCACUGAGAAACAUAAAAACCCAAACCGUGACACGGACGGGGCGUGGCGUGGAGUUCUUCCGCUACCUUAUUAUAUUGCACUCUGCGAGUGCUUCUUCUUCUUCAUCACAGUGGAUUGGGUCUUUUUUAUCAAGUGAAAAGGAUCUGUAAAUCUUCUUGCAAAUAUACGAGGAGCAUUCACCACCUAUAUUUUUGUGCUAUAUAUUAUCAUGUGGGUGGGGCCAAAGGGAGAAAGAUUAUAUGGAGAGUUUAUAGAAAAGAGAAGAAAAAAGAUAUUUCAAAAUAUGCUGUUCACAUCGACGAACACAAGUAUUUUUUUGGUUAAUUGCCUAGGGUUAAACCGUAACGUCUUCUCCUAAGCGUCACUCCCACAUUUGUUUUGUUUUUCUCCACUGAGGCAAUCAAAAACUGUUUAAAGUGCUGUUGUUAUCUGUGAGGUGUGAAUAGAAGGGUUUUCUGGAACAUUCAACUCAUUUUGGAUCAUACUUUCUUAUUAGCUUUUCAGACAUCUUCGUUCUGACCCAAAUAACAAAUGUCAGUAUUGAGAUCUUAAAGUCUGCAAAGCAAAAUCUAUUUUAGAUUAGUGUCAUUUAAUUUGUACUAAAUGUGGAAUUGUUAUAACUCUAAAGACAAUAUCAGUACUCCUUCUGGACAUUUUGAAGACAAGGGGGACAACAUCAUGGAACAACAUUGAUCCAGUGCGGACCAAAGAGGGGAGCAGAACCUAUCAACCUAGCGGGUCCACCGAUCAUCCUUACUGCAUUCUUCCCCUCAUCUGUCUGUAGCAGCAGGCUGAUGGAAACUGCAUUGAAAUAAUGUGCAAAGUGACCCCUUUUUUUCUCCCUGGUCAAACACCUCUGAUGAUGUAAUUUGCACAACGGAUACAUUUUUCAACACAAGAGGAAAUGAAUUGCCCCCUGUACCAAAUCAAUGCCGGCCCGGUGACGCCCAUUGGACCUGAAUCAGUCCUGGUUGGUCUCUGUGACCACAGGCCUCCAGGUCUCCAAGCUGUGAUUCAUUACAGUGCCUUUAUGAUAAACUAGUACCCCUAUAAUGACCUCAUCACACAGUGAUAUGGAAAGGGAUCAAUGGGCCCUGACAGUGACUUCAAUGGCCCCAUUCUCACCUGUAUGAUAGUCACCAAUGGCAGAUUAGAUUAGUAUGUCUGUAGACCGUAUGAUACUCACCAAUGGCAGAUUAGAUCACAGUCUGUAGACCGUAUGAUACUCACCAAUGGCAGAUUAGAUCACAGUCUGUAGACCGUAUGAUACUCACCAAUGGCAGAUUAGAUCACAGUCUAUCUGUAGACUGUUUGAUUGUCACCAAUUACAGAUUAGAUCACGGUCUGUCUGUAGACCGUAUGAUACUCACCAAUGGCAGAGUAAACCACAGUCUAUUUGUAGACUGUUUGAUUGUCACCAAUGGCAGACUAGAUCAGUCUAUUUGUAGACUGUUUGAUUGUCACCAAUGGCAGACUAGAUCACAGUCUAUCUGUAGACCGUAGACUUUAUGAUACUCUAUACUGACAGUUAUAUCACCGUGCCAACCGCAAACCAAUGAUUUUGGUCUGUCCAGAACGUGUGUUUUCUUUUGUUUUAUCUGGCAUUUUUACUUGUCCGCACAACAUUUCCAUUGUGAAUUUUUGUUGUAUUGCACUUUUUUUAUGUUACUAUUUAGUUUUCAGUUUUUGUAUGACUCAGUAUCCAAGUGGCUCAUUUUUACACAGUGCCUACCAAAAACCAUGUGACCCAGAUCAGCUGCUCGUUCCUCCCUCUCCUCUUCAACUAUUCCUGUUCCUUCUCUUUCUAAUCUUGCGGCCUCAUUCUCCCCCUCUUUCACGUCACCAGACUUCAUGUGUUGCAGAAAGUGUCUACACAAUCUAGUGGCACACCACAACUCCUUUCCACUUUCCAUCAGGUGCCAUGUUUUUUAAACCUUUCAAACUAUUUUCCCACUUAGCUUUUCCUAUAAAAAUGACUGCAAUAAAGAACCCAUACAAUUCUAAGAAUGGACUCUUUCAAAUUGAAGCCGAAAUACUAUUUGCAGUACAGUACAGCUGUGUACUCCUAUGUUAAAUGCAUUGAAAAUAUAUUAA